GUCCGGAAAGGCGCGAUCGGCAUAGAAAUGAUGGAAAUCGUACAGAGAGGAGAAGAAAAGAUCGCCUUUUGCCUCCUCCUCCUUUCCUUCUCUGUCCUCUUGCGCUUGACUCCUAGCAGCCUCUCUGGACAUUCCUCUCUCUUUUAUAUUCUUUGAUUGAUGGGGUGAUCUUGGCCACCCUCUUUCCACAGAGAGAGAGAGAUGGGGUGGAGAGGGAUACUGGGUUGCGAUUACGGGAUCGUUCAGGCGCCGCUGGGGCCGGACGUUUCGGGGCCGGAGCUGGUCGCCGCCGUCUCUAAUGCCGGUGGUCUUGGCCUCCUCAGAGCUCCUGACUGGGAGGCACCGGAUCAUGUGCGGGAGCUGAUUAGGAAGACCCGGUCCUUGACCAAUAAUCCAUUUGGGAUAGGUGUUGUUCUGGCAUUUCCCCAUGAAGAGAACCUCAAGGUGAUACUGGAAGAAAAGGUCAAUGUACUCCAGCUUUACUGGGGCGAGUGUACGCAGGAGCUUGUCGAAGAAGCUCAUAGAGUCGGCAUCAAAGUAGUGCCUCAAGUUGGUAGCUUUGAAGAGGCCAGAAGGGCUAUCAGUGUUGGUGUAGAUGCGAUCAUUGUCCAAGGGCGUGAAGCUGGAGGACAUAUUAUUGGUCAGGAUGCUUUGAUUACCUUGGUGCCCAAGGUGGUGGAUAUAGUUGGAGACAAAAAAAUACCAGUGAUUGCUGCUGGGGGCAUUGUGGAUGGACGUGGCUAUGUUGCGGCUUUAGCUCUUGGAGCAACAGGUGUCUGCAUUGGCACUCGAUUUCUUGCUACGGAAGAAAGCAAUGCGCAUCCUCUAUACAAGAGAAAGUUGGUUGAGUAUGACCAAACAGAGUACACAGACAUCUUUGGGAGGGCGCGGUGGCCAGGGGCACCUCAGCGUGUCCUGAAAACACCAUUCUUCAGUGACUGGAGAUCUCUUCCUCCCACUGAGAACGAGGUGAACCAGCCCAUAAUCGGUCGAUCGACAGUACAUGGAGUGGAGAAGCAAGUGCAUCGCUUUACAGGGACGGUCCCAAACUCGAUGACCACCGGCGACAUAGAGAGCAUGGCAAUGUAUGCGGGACAAGGCGUGGGGCUUAUCAAGGAGAUUCUGCCUGCCGGGGAAGUGGUGAGGAGAUUAGUUGAAGGUGCUCAGCUAAUUAUUCAGCAACGGUUCGGCACAAUUUAACAUUAUGUUUUA